AUGGACGCGCUGGACCGGGUGGUAAAACCUAAAACUAAGAGAGCAAAAAGAUUUCUGGAGAAGAGGGAACCCAAACUUAAGGAAAAUACAAAAAAUGCCAUGCUCAUAAAAGGAGGAAAUGCAAACUUAACAGUGACUGAAGUGCUUAAAGACAUUUAUGCUGUGAAGAAGCCUUUUGCUGUGCUGUAUAAAAAGAAAAAUAUUACUAGGCCUUUUGAGGAUCAAACAUCAUUGGAAUUUUUUUCCAAGAAAUCAGACUGUUCUCUGUUUCUGUUUGGCUCUCACAACAAGAAGCGACCUAACAACCUGGUCAUAGGUCGCAUGUUUGACUAUCACGUCCUAGACAUGAUUGAGCUGGGUGUUGAGAAGUUUGUGUCCCUCAAGGAUGUCAAAAACAGCAAAUGCCCUGAAGGAACAAAACCAAUGUUGAUAUUUGCUGGGGAUGUGUUUGAGGUGAAUGAAGAAUACAGAAGACUGAAGAGCCUGCUAAUUGAUUUCUUCAGAGGCCCCAGCGUGCCCAGCAUCCGCCUGGCUGGCUUGGAGCACGUUCUGCAUUUCACAGCUGUAGAUGGGAAGAUUUACAUGCGGAGCUACAAGGUGCUGCUGAAGAAAUCUGGCUGUAAAAUACCAAGGAUUGAACUGGAAGAGAUGGGACCUUCAUUAGAUCUGGUUAUGAGAAGGACACAUUUAGCUUCAGAUGACCUUUAUAAGCUGUCUCUAAAACAACCAAAGGCCCUGAAGCCUAAGAAGAAAAAGAAUAUCUCCCACGACGUGUUUGGUACAACUUAUGGUCGAAUCCACAUGCAGAAGCAAGAUCUUGGCAAACUGCAGACACGGAAAAUGAAAGGGUUAAAAAAGAGGCCAGCAGAGAAGUCAGCUGAAGGUGGUGGGGUUGCUCCCAAGAAGUCAAAAUCAGGUUGAUAGGCUGGAACAGCUUUGAAAACUCUUUGUGCCUUCAAACCGAGUAUAUAUAUUAUUGUAAUAUAAAUGUGUCAGACAGUGAAGAUUCAGCUGCUGGUAGCUUCAGUUUUAUAUAAAAGUCUUUUUACUGCUUUGUCAUUUUGAAGGGAAAAUGGGGUUGUUGAGCUUUAACGUGGAAUUUAGUUAUUUAAAAUAAAAAAACAACAUGAUAGAACUUGCUAAGUUUUC